AUCAACGCCAUGCCUGAGGAGACCCAAGAAGACACUGUGUUGCCAAUGCAGAACCAGAGGAGCAGGGGAACACUGGCUCCUAACCACGUGCAGGAGGUACGUCUGCACAGAGUGGAGUCCAUCAGCGACCUACACAGUGGAGGUUCACUCCAGCCCUAUCUGGCUGAAGAGACACAGACGUGGGAAGAGCUUCUGGGUGUCUUGCCGUCAUCAAUGUGUACCCAAGCUGAUUGCAGCCCCAUGUGUGGCCGUGGGGGGUUCCUACUGCUAUUGGCACUGCUAGUAUUCACCUGCCUGGCAUUAGCCAUCCUGGCUGUCUACCUAAGUGUGUUGCAGAGCGAAUCCCUGAGGGUCUUGGCACACACACUGCGCACACAAGAGGAGACGCUGCUCAAAUUGCGCCUGGCUAGCCUCAGUCAGCUAAGGAGGCUCAACUCCAGCGAAGCUCGGGCACCCAGCUGA